AUGUCUUUCUUUGAAUCGCUACGUCAAAAAGCUACUUUCAUUGAUAAAAUAGCAGAAAGUUUUGGUACUACAUUAACAAGAGAUGAACGGUUUAAGUUGGAAUAUAAGUUGCCAGCGGAUGAAAAUAUCAUGCUUGAUAUCAAUGCAGAUAUCUCAUUUAAGUGCAUUCAUGCAAGAGAUCAGACAUUCAAGGUGUCUACGAAUGAUAAAAAUAGUCAUGCUGCCAACAUAGAUGGCCCACCGAGUGUUCACUAUGUGUUUUCUGGUAAGCUGUAUUUAACCUCACACUUUUUAGUGUUUCGAGAUUCUUUUGAUCAAAAAUCCUGCAUCUUGGUUUUGAAUAUAUCAACUAUAAAGAAGGUCGAAAGGACACCAUCUUCUUUGUAUGCAUUUUCUUUGACAAUACACUUAUAUUCAAAUACCCAGAUAUUGAUUCAAUUCAUUGGUUUGAAGUACAAAUCCGAACAAUUCUGCGAACAGUUGAAGAGAAAUUUGAAAGAAAAUAUUCCUAAUGUGAAGAGAUUAUCUUACUUCCUAAGUACCUGCUAUUCGGAGUUUCUAAUCAAUAAGAAUGUGUUAAGACAAAAGGACAUUAGGGCCCCUCCUGCAGGGCUUGGUCAAACGUAUAGAUAUCCAGGAAGUCCAGACAUAGCAAAGGAAAAGGCCAAGUUAAGACUAUGGUUUGAUUAUUUCAAAGAGAACGGACAAAAUAUAUCCAUGGUGAGAACUCUUUACUUUCAAAAACUGGUAAGAAUUGGAAUUCCCAAUAGAUUGCGGGGCGAAAUUUGGGAUGUUUGCUCAGGCUCAAUGUUUCUUCGGGAAGCAAAUGAGGAUUUGUACGAGAGGCUUUUGUCUUCGAAUAAAAACAAAUCAUCCCAGGCGACUGAGGAAAUUGAAAAAGACCUGAAAAGAUCUUUGCCCGAAUAUUCCGCUUAUCAAACCGAAGAAGGGAUUCAGAGACUUAGAAAUGUUUUGACGGCAUAUUCAUGGAAGAAUCCUGACGUUGGGUAUUGUCAGGCUAUGAAUAUAGUAUGUGCCGCAUUGCUCAUCUACAUGACUGAAGAACAGGCGUUCUGGUGUCUGUGCAAUCUGUGUGAUAUUUACGUUCCUGGUUAUUACUCCAAAACCAUGUAUGGGACACUGUUAGAUCAAAGAGUAUUUGAGUCAUUUGUGGAAGAAAAGCUUCCUGUCAUUUGGAAUCACCUGGAGAAGCAUGAUAUCCAAUUGUCUAUCAUUUCGCUUCCAUGGUUUUUAUCGCUGUUUUAUACAUCAAUGCCGCUAGAAUAUGCCGUUAGAAUAAUGGAUAUAUUUUUCAUGAAUGGUGCCAAAUCGUUAUUCCAGGUUGCUUUGGCUGUUUUAAAGGUGAAUGCAGAUGAUAUCCUUUCAAGUGAAGAUGAUGGGAUGUUUAUUGCGGUAAUAAAAACUAACUUUCACAGCUUACAUGAGAGUGCCCACCCGGAUUCACGAGAUAUUAAGUACAGGCAGAUCACCCACUUUCAAACGUUACUGGUAACUGCUUUUAAGGAAUUUAGCGUUAUAGAUGAUGAGCUUAUAGGACAGGAACGCAACAAAUAUAAAAAGGCCAUUUUUCAGGAUAUCGAAACGUUUGUAAAGAAAACACAAUUGCGUCAUCUACCAAAGGUGUUCCAUCUAACCGAUGAUAACUUGUCAAAUAUCUAUGACAUGUUUUAUCAAAGUAUUGAAACGCAUAAAAUUAGUAUGGGAACGGGAUCAUCCAACAUGCAGUUUGAUGUUUUUGUCCAAUUCAUGACUAGGUUAUGCCAAUGGUGUACUACAACUACAAAAAGUGACGAUGAUAAAUUUGUCCCUCAGAGAAAUGCCUUUUUAACAAAACUAUUUGUUAAAUGGGACCGGAGUGAAUUAAACGAACUAACUUUGACUGAUACAAUACUUGGUUUCGACAAACUAGUUACUCCUGACCUUUUGGAGUCGAUAAAUAACUUUUUCUCGCUCUAUGAUAGUGACGAUGAUGGGGAACUUCAACGUGACGAGGUUUUACAAAUGGCGGAAGGGUUGCUCUUUUUGACAGAACCUUGGAAAAGCGGCAAGAUUAUAGAUAAGCUAACCCAAAGAUCUAUUGAAAAUGAUAUAGCCGAAAAGAUAAUACACGACACUGGAAACGAAUUGCAAGAUAAGAAUAAUAUCGAGCUACCUACUGAUGUUUCUAUUGAUGAGGAUAAGUACAAAUCUGAGCAAACAGAGCGUUAUUUGCAGGCAAACAGCAACUUCUUGCAAAGAUCAUUUGAAUACGCAAAAUCGUUAGAAUUGGCAGAUGACUUCAACCUUAUCGAUCUAUCUGAUGACGACAAUGACAUGAAUGGCAGUAUACCAUUUGAAAUUAAGGAGAAUAGGAAGAAAAAGAAAUUUGAGAGUUUAAUGGCCAACGCGGCUCUUGAUCCCAUACAUCCAAAGGUACUUGAUUUGGCUACUUUUCGAAUGAUUGUUUUGGCGGAUGAAACGUACGAACUAUUCUUCGCCGAAACGUUCAGAUUAUCUAUCAAUUUGGAUAUUAACUUUGGUUCAAACAACGACAGAGGCAAAGCUCUGCGCGGGAUGUUUGAUGGAAUCAUCGCAGAUGGAAGAAGAGUCGCUGAGCAUGUCCGUCGUCGUGUUGACUCUGUUGCCACUAAAAACAGUGCGGUAUCAAUAGAGGGAAGUAUUCCGGCUACUAUUACGAGUACAAUGACCAAUGGUUCCAGAUUUGAAGAUCUAGAUGAUUUCACAUCAGAGCCUCAAGACGAACAGGAGGAGUUACUGAAAAACUCAUGGCUAGAUGAGGAUGAUGCAGAUGAAGGGCAGGGCGCACGGAAGGAACAAACAGUAGAACUUCUGAACCCUGAAUCAGAACCUGAUCUAAUAGAAUUUGAGACGUAG